UUUGUGCUCGCCCGCGUCCGCGACCGCCUCGCCUCUAAUCUGGCACACCUCGCUCCCCUCUCGCUCUCACCUCGACAUCCCAGCGCACCCUCCUCCGCCUUCGCACCAGCCCUCUCACACACGCGCGCACUCUUCUUGCUCCAUCUCUCGCGCAUCUCGCACACCCGCGCCACCCACACUCCUUCUGCCUCGUUCUCGCCGGCCCCGCGCCCCGAGCGCACUUGCCGCCGCCGCCAUGGCCCGCCGUGUUCUCCUUCUCGCCGCCGCAGCUGUCGCGCUGCCGGCCACCCUCGUCGCGGCGCAGGGCCCCGAGUGCCUCAGCCUGCGCGGCAGCGAGCAGUGCCCCAGCUUCCAGGACGCCUACAUCAACCCCACCAACCUCUCGACGCGCUUCUCCUGGUUCUCCCAGGUCAACGACGUCGCCACGUUCGACGAGCAGUUUGCCCUCUACUUCAGCGACCCCAGCCGCUUCACUGCCGAGAAGAAGCAGCGGCAGCUGGCGUGCAACGGCUCGGGCAUUGCCAACACGACGCUGCAGUGGGAGCGCACCAUCAUGUGCGGCAAGUUCACGCAGAUGAGCUACUCGGAGGCGUGCAACGUGCAGGCGCCCACCAUGAUCUGCCAGGACACGUGCCGCUCCUGGUCGGCGGCGCAGACGCGCCUCGUCGAGAACCCGGCGCUGUGUGCGCCCGAGGACCAGCUCACCGCGGCGCAGAACCGCACGCGCUCGGACACGCUCACGCGCGACUUUGUCGCAUGCACUGACUGGACCACGCUCGUGAGCACGAACAACGCCACGUGCGUCGAGGGACGCGCCAAUGAGGGCAACUGCGGCUACGGCCCGGGCGUGAGCACCGAGCUGUGCACGGCGUGUGAUCCCAGUGGCAACCGCACCAUCGACGCCUGCUGCUUUGACCAGAACACGUCGCUCAGCCAGUGCGCGUCGUACGGCCACCCGGCGGCGGCGGCGAUCAUCGCCACGACGUCCGUCGCCACGGGCCUGGCCACGGCCACCUCCUCGAGCUCCUCGCAGCGGCCCACCAACUCGGGCGCCGCCGGCUCGUCUGCCAGCGACAACAGCAGCUCGACCAACGGCGCCGCCAACCUCAGCAGCGGCGCUCUUGCCGGUCUCAUCAUCGGAGUCAUCAUCGGCGCACUCGUUCUGGGCGCCUUCCUCGCACUCGUCGUGUUCCGCCGCCGCCGCAACGGGCACCAGGGCGGCAUCGCACCCAUGUACGCCGCGCACAACGGCGCGCGCUCGGGCUCGACGGAGAAGCCGUGGCAGCACUCGGAGGACGGCAUGGGCCACGGGCGCUCCAUGGACGCCAGCCCGCUGUCCAACGAGAAGGGCAUUGGCGGCAGCGGCGGCGCAGCGCUCGCUGGCGCAGGUGUGGGCGCCGGCGUCGUCGGUGCCGCCGCCGCCGCCGCUGGCAGCAGCCGCGACCACUCGAGCGAGGACCGGCAAGAACGGCCCAUCUCGGGCGUCACGACGCAGAGCUCGGGCACCGACGGCCGCGGCACGACGGUGCCCAUGGUGCGCGACCAGUACACGGGGCAGGACAUCUACCCGGGCGAGGAGGUGAUUGCCAUCUACCCGUACAACGCCAGCCUCAACGACGAGAUCACGCUCGAGCCGGAGCAGCUCGUCACCAUCGUGCGGCUGUACGACGACGGCUGGGCGCUCGGCCGCACCAGCGACGGCACCGAGGGCGCGCUGCCGCUCGUGUGCGUCAGCAGCACAAAGGGCGAGAUCCCGCGCGUCGGCGGCACGGGCAGCGGCACCACGGGCACCGGCACCGGCACCGAGGACGACGGCAUGACGUCGGGCAACGAGUUCACCAGCGAUGCCGACGGCGCCGUGACGGCCGACGAGGGCUUCACGUCCGACGCACCAAGCCGGAGACACUGAACGCGUUGGUGCGCUGCCCCCUGCUCGCCUUGCUCCGUGGUCCGUCCCGCUUUCGCUUCUCCGUUCCUGCCAUAUACCGCCUGCGCGCUGCCCUUGCGCCGCACGCCCGUCUCCACUUUUCACACACUCAUGUCGCUCCCUUUCUCUUUACACUUGCCACACACCCACACUGUCUUUUGAGCCUCACCUCUGCGCAACCCUCCUCUCUUUCUCACCUGUUGUUAUGUAUCCACACCCGGCGCGGCAUCUGACCUGCUGCAGCUCGUCCCUCUGUCUUUGGUACACCCCUCCUCUUGCGCGCGUCUCGCCCUCGGCAGCCCGAGUCAGUCCUGUAGUGCCUCUCUAUCGGGCUUCGCUGCCGCCUUUCGCAAUACCAGCCGCAUCGUGAGCUGUG